UAUCAACGUGGCAUCCUCUAUUCCCAUUCAAUUCCACUGAAAAUGGGACAUGUUUCCCCAUAAAUAUCAAUUAUUAAAGAAGUUACAUUACAUAACAUGUCGAUUACAUUUUAGAACAUGAAUAAAUAAAAGAAAAGAAACAGUUUUAAAAUGUAGUGCACAAAGGGCAAAGUGUUAUGAAACAGUGCGUUCACAAACAGACACUAUCAAUUACACCAUUUUUAUAUAUUGUUUUAAAGCAGAGACUGAUUGAGCUAUUUUUACUGCUGCCACUGUGUUAAUGUAUAGUCAUUCUACCCCUCCUAUGUACCAGUGGGGCUGAGUGAUUGGUCAGCUAGACAGUGCACUAAUGCACUUAGGAAAUGCUUUCCAUUGUACACACUGGUGUCAUAAGGAAAGUGAAACAGACUUGUGUUCACAGUCCAGUGUUAAUAUCUAUACUGUACUGUAAAAUAUGGCUUUUCAAACUACUGUUAGUGACUUAUUGCAGACGUAUGUGGAUAAGAUUGUAAGGAUUUCACAAAGGAGAGUUCAGGAGACUGUAGAAUGGGUGGGAAAGGAAGUGGCCUCAGUGCUGGCGGAGGUAGCGAAGGAAGGAUACUUCUCUUCAGAGUUUAUUUACUCAGGAAGCUACAUUGAGAAACUCGCAGUUUACAUCCCUGAAGAGUUUGACUUAAUGGUGCCAAUAGAGUGUGGAAAAGGCUUUAAGACCGAAAAGACUUUCCAUUCAGAUGUCAAAUACCGUCUUGUCUUUCCUAAAGGAAACAGAAAGGAUUCUAAAUGGGAGAUUCAAUCUUUCUUUUUACAUGCUGAGAAGGUAAUGGAGGUUUUUGAAGAGCAGGUGAUAUCAGCUACCCUGAACAGAGAUAUUGAUGUAUACCACCGUAGACCUUGUGCCGCAGCCGUGUGUGUCACCAUAAAGCACGGUUGGGAAAGGGUCAAUGUGGACCUGGUGCCUUUUGUGAAGAAUCCAUUCAAGGAAUGGCCAAUAGCCUGGCCAAGAAAAGAUGCACCCUGGCCAUCGCAAGCCAAAAUACUAGAAAUCAAGAAAGCAGGGAUAGAUCUGGUUGCCAAGACGAUGUGGAGGCCUUCCUUCUCUGCUAUUGAAAGAAUCAUUCUGGAAGAUAUUGAUGCGGAUGGAGGACAUCGAAAAGACGGUUUGAAAAUUUUAAAGCGUGUAUUGCAGUCGAGUUGGGAACGAGUUGAGAAAGCUUUGUGCUCCUAUCACCUAAAGACUAUACUUUUCUGGACAUGUGAAAAGCACCCAGACCCAAGUGAAUGGGCAACUUUAGAAGACUCUUUAAAUCUGCUGGUGGACGAGCUGAUUCGUGGCUUGGAACAGUGUUCUAUACCCCAUUACUUUUUGCCUGGCGAGAAUCUAUUUGAAGAUACUGGACAUUUAAAUGUUCUUUUGGAAGAAGUGAAGCAGCUAAGGAAAGACCCAGUCUCAUACCUGAAGAUAGAAACCAUUUUAAACAACAGAGUAGGUGAAAAGCUCACAUCAUUGAUACCAGAUGUGUGGUCCGAGGCUAGAUUUACAACAGAGGAAAUGCAGCUAUGGGUGUCAGAGGAUUCUUUGGUAGAAUACUUCACUCAAAAUCCAAUCUGAACUGUAAAUCUAAUGCUGUAUAAUAGACAGUAGAAAUUAUUUAGCUGCCAACCUGUAUAAAAUAUGUUUUAUACUAUUUUAUACAAGGCUCAGUAACUUGUUCUUCCUGUUUUUGAUUUGCUUCCACUUACAUUUUGUUGUCAAUUAAUAAGUGAUUAUUGAGUUCAAUGCUUUUGACACAACAAACUGUGUUCUGCAACUUUUAUACUAGCUUUUCACAUUGCUUCAUAACUUUAUUAUUGUUUAAUUAGCCACUGAUUAUAGCAGUUCGUGUUUAUUACUGUCCUGAACUAUACAGUAUACAGUACAGUAGCACAAUCAAGUGAAUACUUAGCACACAUUCUAGUAACAAAAUAAAUCCUGCUGCUGCACUGCACACAUUACUGUGCAAUGUAGUACAAUGUAAGUAAAUAAUAAAAGGAUUAGUUUAAAUUGAAACUGAGGGAUUUUAGUGCAUUUUCUUUUUAAUGUAGCCUACUUAGUACACAAUUAACACAAAUAGAUCAUUGCGAUACUAUACAGUAUCUUAUAUAAACUGCACACACUUUACAGAAAUAAAUCCUUUUUUAUUUCCAUAGAAAAUGUUACAGUGUACGUGUAGCUGCAAGUAAAACACACAGUCUACCUGCUACACGUGUUUUCUGUGUGUAUGAGUCAGGCUUUCUUUACAAGAGCAAUUAAAGACUUCACAUUCAGAAUUUGUAUUAUCAGUCCACAUCUUGCAUUUCAAACCACUGGAGUCCAUCAGUAUUUCUGAAAGCUUCUCUCCCUUCUCCACCCGAUCGAUCGAUCGCAGUUAGUUUAAACUCUGUAGAGUGAGUUCAUAAACCCUCUUUUAAUCCUGUUCUUAAUUUUAGUGAUUUAGCAGCUACCCUGUUAGCUGUCUGUUCUUGUUUAUUUUCAUCCUGUCUGGUGUCAGUGUAACAGUCUGUUUUUUUCAGUGCGUCUCUUUGGAUCAAGCAAUUCACGGUGACCGCCGGUCGCAUCGUCACACUCAAUUGGAUAUUAUUGAGGGGCAUGCGUUGUGUCGGGAUAUCGAAUGUGCUGCAUAUCACUGUCUGUAUUAGCGAGAAACUGCUGGAUAGGAGCAGGCAGAGGCUUUUUGUCACAGGUCUGAGGAACACAACUGGAAUCAGUCUUGUUGUUGCCAUGCUUUGUUCAUUUUUCAAACACAAUCUGGGUCUGCCACACAUGUACGUUGCAAACAACUAAACUUACAUUGAAUACAAUCAACUCAGCUUUUUUAGCCUCUUCUUUCCUAGUCCUCUGUUAGCCACCAUUUGAGUUGAAUGUGGAACCCAUUGCGCUUGUAAAAGCAGUAUUUCAGGAUAAUUCACUGUCUAGACACUGAACAGUUUUAAGAUUUUUUCAUUUAAAUUUUUGUAUUAUUUGUACCAGUACCAUGUACCAUGUGCAGAGCAGUUCAGCAAGCAGGUCAUGUUAAUAAAUGUUUCUGUAUUUUUAAAUUAAAAAAAUGUAAACAUGCAAUGCAGAAUGUUCGGAAAACAUUUCUAAAAUAAUUCUGAGCAUAAAUAAUGUAGGAACAAUUCAAUAAUUGAUAAUUUAAUGUUUAUCUGGGUUGAUUAGUUCUAUUAUUAAUAAUAUUGAAUUGACGUGAUACAAAGAUUGAUGUUUUACUAUGAACACACAUUCAAGCGCAGACACAAGGAAUGUUUAAUCAAUAUUAGAAUUUUUAUUUAGUACAUAAAAAGAUAAACAGAAAUCAGAAAAGUCAGAAAGUAAAUGUCUUGGUCUCUAAGCACAAAACAC